ACAGUUUCAGGCACUGACGUCUUUCAGUAUUUAAGAAGGCGCUCUGUUUCUGUCUUUCCUUCACUCUACUCUACUCAGCUUUUAGUUUUCAAGAAUUCUCUGUACAAUCCAUCUAUCUAUCCAGUUGACCAUCAAUCCAUCAGCGCAUUCAACCAUCCAUCCAGCCAGUCAGCCAGACAGUCAGCCAGCCAGCCCUCCAGCCAUCCAUCCAUCCAGAGGACCGACUGACUGACUGUCCACCAUGAGCCAAGCGCCAGGCCCCCGUCCUGACCUCCUGGAGCGGGCGAAGGAGGUGAAGGAUGAAGACAAGCUGUACAUGUUCGAGGGGACGCUAUACUCCAGCAUCAUGAGCCCCGAGGAGAACCUGCAGGCCGUUAGGACCCUGGAGGCCCGGAGCGAUGACGUGCUCCUGGUGGCCUACCCCAAGUGUGGAUUCAACUGGAUGGUGUCUGUGCUUCGGAAGAUCAUAGCGGCCUCCCGUGGACAGGAGAGUGCCUCCGAUAAGCCUCCUCUGAUUGAGUUCUGCACACCACAGGCUCAAAAGGGCCUAGCAGACCAGCCCUCCCCAAGGCUGUUGGGUACCCAUCUGCACCCUGAUAACAUCCCUGCCUCUUUCAAACAGAAGAAAACCAAAAUGCUGGUGGUCUGGAGGAACCCCAAAGACACCCUGGUCUCCUACUUUCACUUCAUGAAUAAAAACCCAGUGCUGCCCAACGUGGAAUGGGACAAGUUCUUCUCAGACUUCAUGAGUGGAGAAGUUGGCUGGGGUUCCUAUUUUGACCAAGUGUUGGCCUGGGAUGAACUGAUGGAUGAUCCCAAUGUGAAGAUUGUUACUUUUGAAGAGUUAAAACAGGACCUCAGUGAAGGCAUCAGGCAAGUCUCCCAGUUCUUUGGCUUCCCCCUGACGGAGGAGCAGGUGCAGACCAUCUACUCAGAGAGCACCUUCAGUGCCAUGGCCGCCAAGAACACGCACGGCAAAAUGGGCAACGUCUUCUUCAGGAAAGGCGAGGUGGGUGAUUGGAAGAACCACUUCAGUGAAGCCCAGAGCCAGCAGAUGGAUGAGGAGUUCAACAAGAGACUAGCAGGAACCAGACUGGGGAACAGACUCAAAUAUGACACCUACUGCAAAUAGACUAUCAGGAACCAGACUGGGGAACAGACUCAAAUAUGACACCUACUGCAAAUAGACUAUCAGGAACCAGACUGGGGAACAGACUCAAAUAUGACACCUACUGCAAAUAGAGGAGAACCAGACUGGGGAACAGACUCAAAUAUGACACCUACUGCAAAUAGAAAGAGGGGGAUUAUGAAAACCUUUUCAAAGUAAAAAAAUAUAUUUCCUCUUUUUUCUAAAAUGACUAGAAAUAUGCAAGAUGUAUGUGGAACUUGUUCAAGUAAAAAUGAAAUAAAAAA